AUGGAGAGCAGCGAGCUAAAGGGAAGUGGGAAUACGCAGGAAACUAGGACGACGGGGUUGCUGUCUAGAGGAGCCUCCAGUGAGGGCCUAUCGAGGGCCGAGUCGGGGACCUCUCGACCACAGGUCAUGGCUCUUACGCCGGAACCUGAAGAGCCUGUCAAAAUUGCUGCCGAGUUGAAGCGACCUCCGUUGGCUGGAGAACUUCCUGGCUCUGAGCCUCCGGCAUUAGACAAUGGAGAGCAGUUAGCUAUCGUCUCACGAAAGGAGGAGACUAUGGUGGUGGCUAGCAAGCUGACCAAAUCUGUAUCUUCCGCGAGUUUCGAGUCAGCUCUCUCUGGAGACGAGGGAUCGUCCUCUUCCGAUGAGAAGAGGCUUCGUUCUAUAAGCACUGAUAAGCUGGUGAAGGAAUUGUCGAAGCGAAUGGUUGGUGAAGAAGAGGCUGCGAGGAAGGCUCCUGAUCCGAUAGCGCACGUCCAGAGAUUGAGGACAUUCUAUGGCUUCCGUAAGAGAGUAAAUACAUAUACGGAUUUAACGCAUCAUCCGAACGAUCUCUGGUGGAGCGAGGCCCAUAACGACUGCGCGAAGAUUGCCAAUGAUUUGGGCCCUUCACCGCAGUUGCUGUCGGAGGUUAUCAAAGUCAGAGUGGUUCGACGACCGAAAGAGGAACUCGAUUCUGACAUGUCAUAUUUCUCUGAUUACGUCUCCAUGGGUAUGGCAAACCCUGAGAAGCGGUAUUUUGUCUUCAAGCUGGGUCUCGGCGAUCAUAUCGUGGUAACACUCUCCGAGGUCAUCGAUGAUGAGGCUUACGAAAGGCUCUUUACGCAAUACACACCCACUCAAAUGCUUAUGGAGCGUAUGAAGUUCAUCACUUGUCCGGCUAAUCUAGUCGUUCCUGUUCCCUUGCUAGGGCCUAAAUCGGCUCAAACGUUGGGAGUUUAUUUUGGUCUGAAUAAUGUAUCUUGUCAGUACUGCUCUACCCCUUUACCAGGUGGCGAUGCAUUGCGCUUCGUCUCUGUGUACAUUGACAUCUACAGUAAAUGGAUUCUGCGGAAGACCAUCCCAUCACUUGCUUUUACGGUUGGUAGGAUCAGCGACUUUUUCUUGGUUGACUACGAAAAGGCUAUCAUAUACUCGAGCUUUCGUCUGGUCUGUACAGAGGAAGGAGUCGCUCUGAUGAAUAAGUAAUUGUGGAACAUUUUUUGUCCUCGUAUGGACUUCCCCUGUACAUGUGUAAUAUAAUGUUACCUUUCUUCAUCGUGGUAGGUGCAGUAGCUGUGACGAGGCUGCGAAACAUCUCUUAUCUCCUUUACUCUCAUCAUCCACCUGUGAACUUCACUAUUUUCUCGGUCGAUGUUAUCAAAUUGAUCUUUUC